ACGAGUACGCGCACGCGUGGUUGAGCAAAUGUGCGCGCUUUGCGUGCACAGAGCUCGGGGCUCUCGAUAGAUUGUAGACGGAAGAGCAGGAGGAGAGAACGGCUGCAGUAGUAGGAGCAAGAGGAGGAGGUAACAGCGAGAGAGGAAGGAGUAGAUAUCAGACCAGAAGGAAGGAGCUCGUCGGGAGCCGGUUUUGCACUCAGCUUUUUACUGUUUUCUUUCUUGUCUGGAUACACGCACACACAGUUUACAUUGCUCUCGUGCGAUGCAAAAGUGGGAAGUGACCUUGCAUUUCGCCGCUGUCUGUAUUACACUUACAUCUUGGAAGAUUAAGCGUCUUUUUCUAGCGGACUGUUCAAACAGCGUGAAUUAAGGAGCAACUUCCAUCCUGGGGACGUGCAGUCUCGAUCCACUUGGGAAACGUCGCUAGACGCAAGGGAUGGAGCCGUGGAGGCAGUGCGCGCAGUGGCUCAUCAACUGCAGGGUGCUGCCCCCAAACCAUCGGGUGACAUGGGAGUCGGCACAGGUGUUCGACUUGGCCCAGACGCUCCGGGACGGAGUGCUUCUGUGCCAGCUUCUCAACAACCUGCGUCCGCAGUCUAUCAACCUGAAAGAGAUCAACCUGAGACCGCAAAUGUCCCAGUUUCUCUGUCUGAAAAACAUCAGAACAUUUCUUACUGCAUGCUGUGAAAUAUUUGGAAUGAGGAAAAGUGAACUGUUCGAGGCCUUUGAUUUAUUCGAUGUGCGAGAUUUUGCAAAGGUCAUUGAGACCCUGUCCCGCCUGUCUCAAACAGUCAUUGCCCAGCAUGCAGGAGUAAGGCCAUUUCCCUCUGAAGAAAUUGUAGAAGAUGAAGAUGUUUACAAAGGCCUGGAUGAAUUAAUUGAUGAAAAUGGAGUUGAGGAUGAGGAAGACCUUUAUGACUGUGUGUAUGGGGAAGAUGAAGGUGGAGAGGUGUACGAAGACCUUAUGAAGACUGAAGCUACGCCUCCCCCUCAGAAACAAGUGGAAACCGAUGUUCGGAGCUGCUGCUUACUUGAAAUCAAACAGACUGAAGAAAAAUACACAGAGACACUGGAGUCAAUAGAGAGAUACUUUAUGACACCACUUAGAAAAUUUUUGACAUCACAAGAGAUUGACAGAGUAUUUAUUAACAUUUCGGAUCUUGUGAAAGUCCACAAAUCUUUUGUACAAGAAGUUCAUGACUCCAUUUCAAUCAAGAAUUCCCAAAACUUAUACCAGAUUUUUAUAAACUACAAAGAAAGAUUGCUUAUUUAUGGGAAAUAUUGUAGUCAUGUUGAAACUGCAAUAGCAAGUUUGGAUGAUAUCUGCAAAGAAAAGGAAGAUGUGAGAUUAAAACUUGAGGAGUGCUCAAAACGGGCAAAUAAUGGGAAAUUUACUUUGAGAGAUCUUUUGGUUGUCCCCAUGCAAAGAGUUCUUAAGUACCAUCUGCUGCUUCAGGAAUUAGUCAAGCACACUCAUGAUCCUGCUGACAAAACUAAAUUACGGAUGGCCCUUGAUGCCAUGAAGGAUCUAGCACAAUAUGUUAACGAGGUCAAAAGAGACAAUGAAACCUUGCGAGAGAUUGACCAGUUUCAGCUUUCCAUUGAAAACCUGAAUCAGUCCCUUAGAAACUACGGACGACCCAAAGUCGACGGUGAAGUCCGUGUGUCUUCAUUGGACAGACGUUCAAAGCAGGACAGGCACAUAUUUUUGUUUGACAAAGCAGUCAUUGUAUGUAAAAGACGUGGAGAUAACUAUGAAAUGAAAGAGGUAAUCGAUCUGCACAAAUUUAAAAUCACUGAUAACCCAACAACAGAAAAAGAAAGCAAAAAGUGGUCUUACGGGUUUUACCUCACGCACAUUCAAGGGCAAAAUGGGUUUGAGUUCUUUUUUAAAACUAAGGAGCUGAAAAAGAAAUGGCUGGAACAGUUUGGAAUGGCAGUAUCCAACAUCAGACCUGAAAAUGCAAAUUGGAAUUGCCAUGAAUUUAAAAUGCACACUUUUGAACGGAUCACGUCCUGCAGUUUCUGUCAUAUGCUUCUGAGAGGAAUAUUCAACCAAGGCUACAUAUGUGUAAAAUGUGGAGCUGGAGUCCACAAGGAGUGUCUGGGUAGACUAGAGACUUGUGGGAAAGGUAAUGCAGAAUUUGUUUUUUUCUCUCUUUUAACAUAUUAUGCUCUUUUAAAUUUUGGUUUACCAAAGGUGCAGGUUAUCCGGACCUAUCAUGGAGUGCCUGCACCCACAGAGGGUCCAGCUUUGCAUAUCCAGAUUGGAGAUAUCAUUGAGGUCAUGCAUGCUGACGCCCACAGCUCAUGCUGGGAGGGUAAAAGUCUGACAACGAGGGAAUGUGGAUUCUUCCCAAGCAACGCAGUAAAGCCGUGUCCAUGUGAACCCAAACCUGUGAAUUAUUCUGCACAACCAUGGUUUGCGGGAGCAAUGGAAAGACUUCAAGCUGAAACAGAACUCAUCAACCGGGUAAACAGCACAUACCUUGUAAGACACAGAAGUAAAGAAGGCACGGAAUAUGCCAUUAGCAUCAAGUACAACAACGAUGUGAAGCACAUCAAGAUUUUAGCAAAAGAUGGGGUUUUCUACAUUGCAGAGAACAAGAAGUUUAAAAAUAUUUUAGAGCUAAUUGAAUAUUACAAGCAUCAUUCUCUGAAAGAAGGAUUCCGAAGUCUGGACACAACAUUGCUGUUUCCUUUCAAAGAACCGGAGAAUUCAGCCGCACAUAGGAGAAUCCGGUCAGCGGGCAACAUCUUCACUCCCAAGGUGGUUGGAAUUGCAAUAGCCCGCUAUGACUUCUGCCCCAGAGAUAUGAGGGAGCUUGCAUUAUCGGAAGGAGAUGUUGUAAAGAUCUAUACCAAGACUGGAGCAAAUGGCUGGUGGAGAGGGGAAGCGAAUGGCAGGGUGGGAUGGUUUCCAUCUACUUAUGUGGAAGAGGAGGAUGAGUAAGGCAAAAUGGACCCAACAGAGGAUCGGAAAAAGCCUUCUCCUUCUGAGCCACCCAUGUGGGCCACCAGCAAGGCUUCACUCUGGCAAGUCGGCAUGCGUGUGUUUUCCUUUGGGGACAUACAGAUAACAACACACUCCUCAGUCCAUAAAGUGGUGCUGCCUGUCCUAAAUCCCAAAUGCUACAAGCAGGGAAUUCUGUACAAGCCUGUGUUGACAGAUUAAUGGCUCGCCUACAGCUUUACAAGUAAAAGCCUGCCAGUUGGCUGUCAGUAGGGACCAGCUUCUGAGCCAGAACCUCUCCCUCCCUGAAGAACCUCAUGUUAUAGACAGCUUCAUUCUUCUUGUCACUCUUUCUGCUGUUGUGCAGUGUCAGCUCGGCUGCUGGUAAAUAUUUCAAUACUUCCCAGCCCAGCUUGGGCUCUCCUUGAUGAGCUACGAAAAUCUGGAACUGCUGUGUUGUACCUUGUGGAUUUAUACCAAGGCUGACCUUCUUAGCAUCCUACGUACCUGUGUUAUUAUUGAUGACUUCAUUUACCAUUUUCUUUCUAAAGUGAAAACUGUAAGGAUUUAGGCACUUCAUCAGCACAGAUGCGCUCUGCUUGGACAACAAUCAGAACCUUAAAAAAACAUUUCUACAGGGAGAGCAGCAUUACUUCAUGUUUGUGCAUGAAACAAAUGCAAAUGUUUGCAGCUGGCUUUGUCUCAAAAGGACCUUUUUUAGAAGUCACUGUUUGUUUGUGUGAUGCUAGGUUACUGAUCAAGUUGAUGAAAUGAUUUGGUACAAAACAAAAGCAGUAGAAAAGAUGGAGAGAAAACAGAGACAGUAAAUUAAGUGCUGGUACAGAAUUUCCAUAGCAUGCCUCUGACAGUGUUAACUGAAAGGGUAAUUAUAAGCUGCGGUUUGGCAGUAAAUCACUGGGAGAGGAAGGCCGUUCACAUGUCAUCAGUGCCUCAGAAUCGGCCAGCAGUUAUAAUGAAUCCAGACUAAUUGCCUUGGCUUUUUUUUUUACUAAUCUGUGAAUUUGCGAAUGUUUCCUCAGAAUGUUAAUUUCAACUGAUAAGGGUGCCAAGGAUUUGUUUUCACACACAGUACGAUUCUGAGAAGAGAAGAUUUGACCCGGUAGGUAGUUCUGCGUGGCACCUAACCCCGUUUUUUCUUAAACGCAGAAUUUGGAUUUCUUGCUGCGUUUGGUAAUUUGCGUAUCUGAAAAUCUGUUAAAAUGAAAUAGUUGCUAGCAAUCCGCAGCUAGUAUUUAUUGUAUCCACUAGCUGGUUCCUUAAUUGUUCAUUGGAAUUUGGAAGAGCAUAAUGAAAUCAGGGAGCAGUAAUAGAAUGGAUAAUUCUAUUACUGCUCUUCAAAACCAUUAAAAGAACUUGAAAAAGAAAAAUCUUGCCAUACUUGCUAUCAUUUUUUGUGUUAAUGAAUGUGCAGUAAUUAAAAAGAAAAUCAACUUAAUUCUGAUUAUCAAAUAGAAAAGUACAAUUCAUUUUAAAAUGUAAAUUAUUUUGCUUUAUCCUAACAGAAGACGAUUAGGAUCAGCUCUAAACAGUAUUCUUCCUCUCACUGUUUUCAAAUUAGCAAAACUGAUAAUUGCUUCCUAUACAGCUUUAUAUAUACAUUUGACGUAACAUCACUCAGUCUUGUUCAAAUUGAAUAGAUAAUAAAAAAUUUAAGAAUAAGGGUUGUGUCUUUAUAAAUUUGCACUCUGGUUCCGUUCCCAGGAUGCAUUAGAAAAGCGAACAUGUCCAUUUUGACCAUAUUGCAUAAACCUCUCUGGUUUGUCAUAGUAUGCAUUAAUUGACUAUUUUAUAUUAUCUACGCUGAAAUUGAAUAUUUGAAAUGAUUAUCAUUGCCUAAAUUUAUAUGAUUAAAUAUUAUUCUUUAUUUUCUACUUUGAACACAAGAUUAAUCUCAGACUAACUAAUGUUGCAACCGCAGUGUUAAAAAUAAUAAGCCUAUCAACAAUGAAUUUGUCAAGUUUGAACAAACUUCAAGAAAAUAUUUGUCAAAUAUAAAAAAAUAACAUUAAUACGUUAAAUAACAUCCAGCAUAUGAAUAUAGCCAAUAUUUAGCAAAUUACAUGCUCUAUAACUCCUUUAAAAAGGUCAAUUUGAAAGACUAGCCUAGGAACAUUACAGUUGCAUCACAUCUAGAUGGCAGCAUUCAUAUCGUCACUCGCACCCCAAAACCUGUUUGCAGCUGGCGGAGGUCUUAAUAUUUCUGUAUACCUCUUAAUAAAAUUUGUAACUCUACUUUAUUUUAUUUGAUUUUUUUGUUUUUCUCUAAAAUGGAGCAGGUUUCCUUCCGAAGGGUAAACGAGAAAUGUCUAAUCAUACACAUCUGCUACUCCACAACACUUCGUUAUCAGCACUUCAUAAAGCUCCAGUGAUCAGACAUUAGUGGAUGUCCACUUCUGCAAAUUAGUGAAAUUUAUCGGAAUUAUUCAGCAACAUUCCCUUGAGUAGGACACAACUCCUUUUUCAUUAAUCAUCCAUUAGAAGUGCUUAUGAAUUUGCAAAUGCAACAAAUAAAAUGGACACUCAGAAAGGCUCCUUUUUUGUUGUAUGUAGCCAGGGGUCGCAGGAAGACUUGCCAACCAUCACAUCCCUCUCUGAGUCUCAAGCAAAUUCAUCCCAAUCUUCUUCACAACAGGGCAUUCUUUCCAGGCUUUUGUGUCAGUAUUUGCAGUACACGUGGAGUUUCCAUUUGCAGGAGUGCCAGCAGACGGAGUCCGGUCUCCGAUGUCUCGUCCACUCACGGGUCUGUGAUGUGGGAAGUGAGAGAGAAGCAGAAGCUUUGAAAGCACCACUCCUUACAGGUCUUUCUUUACUUCAUUCCUAAUAACAGUAGCUAAAUGGUCACCGCAUGACAAUAUACAUCUACAUUAUUAUUAGCAGUUUCAUGCAAGUUUCAUAAUGUGAGAUUGCCUGCUUCUGACUGAGGAUGAUAUCCAUUCCAUUUUAUAACAAUUUAAAAUUCAGAGUGUUAAAGAUUCGGGUUUCCUGUGUACGUUGUGGUGACUCACACUGCCUUCUGUUUUUUAUUGCAAAACUCCUUGUAAUCAUUGAAUAAUUUAAACUGGUAAAAUGUAUAACUGGCUGUGACUGUGGCGUUGGUGGUUAGGACCGUGGGAAGAUGCUGUGGCAGACGUUUUCUAGCAAGAGACGGCCAAAAGUAACACAACCAAAUUCAUAUUAUUUAUUAUUAUAAUUAACCAUUAUUGAGAACCUAAAGAGACAUGAUAAUAGAUAAAUAGUAUAAUAAAAACAGUAGAAAUUGGGGGGGGGGGUUUGGAAAAGGGCUGGAAGAUACUGGACUUGUAAGCGACAAUUUAUGUUUCGUUGUUUUUGUCAGGCACAAUGCUUUGGGAAGUGAAAGCCAUGUACUGUAUUGUAUAAGAUGCUGUUCCAGAAUUUGCGUAAUAUACUUUAAUAAUAAAAGAAAUGUGUAUAUGCUUAUACAGUACAAUAAUUGUUUCCACUCUAAUGCCAAAGAGAUAGGAAUUUUGUAAAAAUUUGCCCCUGAUGAAGUGGACAUGUUACAAAUUCACUCACUUCUUUUGCAAUUAUCUGUGCAAUUUGAUUUUUGUUUUUCUGUGUAUCAAUGUAAAGUAUUGUAUUAUAUGUAUAAAAUGAACAAUAAACUGUACAAUGUUUUUU